AUGGGUUACAUGGAUGUUCAGACUAUCGUCGGAAUUGUGUUCACUGUGGUAGAGGCACUAGCUGUUAUCGCGGGCUUCACUUUCUUCAUUCUCCUUCUGCGAAAGGCGCCAAGAGGCUAUCAUGACCCAAUUCAUCGAUGGGUAGACAUCACCAAAGUUGCCCUUGGGCUCUGGUUAUUACCCGAACUCCUUUCGGUCAUCAUCAACAUCGUCUCCCUCUCACACUACUACUUCGAGUAUUUCUCCCCGCUAUACAAGUUUAUCAUUUACACCACGUCUAUCGUUUCCUGGAUCUUAGCCGUCAGCCAGGCCUUGACUUUCCUGUCACUCUUCUACCUCGCGCGGGCUUUCGCCGUCCUACGAACCGAUGAGGCGUCAAAGCGAUACCGGAUCGGCAAGAUGGUCUCUCUCGCCGCUGUCGUCUUGAUCUCACUUCUCAGCUUCACGGCAAUGUGCCUGUGGCUGAGCAUCAAUAGGGGAUCCUCUUGGGCAUUGACCAGUGACGAGUAUGAGAGAAUGACUCUGAGGAGUUUAGUGGCUCAAAUAUUCGAUCUUGUGUGUGCUUGCAUUCACCUUGCUUGCGCCAUAGGCGCCGUGACAUAUGUUGCACUGGUCCGCAAGAAAGCUCUUAAAGGGCGUCUGCACAAGGCUGCGAAUCUUGCGCUUGCAAUUACGAUUGUGUGGCUGAUCCGUGCAGUAUGGAUGCUGUUUGCCCAAAUUUCCUCGCGAUACGGAUAUUACUACUACACGUACGACACCUACACAUGGUUCAACAUUCCAUCACUCAUCCUCGGGAUCUUGGGCACACUCGCAGUUUUCAUCAUGCUUUACUUGCUGGCCACCAAGGACGAAUAUGGCUUGAAAACGCGCGGAAACCUGGUGAAACAGACGGCGGUGGAUGAUGAAGAGGCGCUAGGCGGUCGAAUCACUACUGCCAACAGAGGAUUUUGA